UAUCUUGUCAUUUCUCAACGGUAUAUAUAACCUGCAAAUCUUAUUUAUUUAGCACUCACUCCCGUAAGUGUUACACCUACAACACAAUUCACAACCAAAGAGUGAAUCUCACACCUAAACUUAUAUUCCAUGGCAAACCAAAACCCUUCAAUUCCAAUCUCAACCCAUGAAACAACCCAAACCACUUCAACCACACGUUUCUCAUUCAAAGUGAUCUUACAGAAAGUGAAAACCAACUUGGUUUUACGUUCAAAAUGGGGUGAACUCAACGGUGCCAUGGGUGACCUUGGCACCUUCAUACCAAUAACCCUAUCCCUCACACUUUCAAGGGACCUUAACCUUGGCACCACAUUGAUCUUCACAGGCAUCUACAACAUCAUCACUGGUGCUAUUUAUGGUGUCCCUAUGCCUGUCCAGCCCAUGAAAUCCAUCGCCGCCGAGGCCUUAUCGGACUCCGGCUUUGGUGUGGCGGAGAUCAUGGCCGCCGGUAUCUUAACCGGCGUGGUUUUGUUUCUUCUGGGUGUUACAAGGUUGAUGCAGCUUGUGUACACGUUGAUUCCUUUGUGUGUUGUGAGGGGAAUUCAACUAGCACAAGGUUUGUCUUUUGCUUUCACAGCUGUUAAGUAUGUGAGAAAAAUUCAGGACUUGCCAAAGUCUAGGGCUUUGGGUGAUAGGCAUUGGUUUGGGCUUGAUGGGUUGGUUUUGGCUAUAGUUUGUUUAUGUUUUAUUGUUAUUGUGAGUGGUGCUGGUGAGAAGGAUCAAUGUGAUGGUGAAAGUGAAAGUUUGGGUAAGAGGGUUGAGGAAGCAAGAAACAUGAGAAAAAAUAGAGUGAGGAGGCUUGUUUUCUCACUACCUUCUGCUUUCAUUGUUUUUAUGUUGGGUGUUGUUUUGGCCUUUAUAAGAAGGCCUAAAGUGGUGCAUGAAGUAAAGUUUGGACCUUCCUCUAUGGAGGUAGUGAAGUUCUCUAAGCAUGCAUGGAAGAAAGGUUUUGUGAAGGGCACAAUUCCUCAGCUCCCAUUGUCAAUUCUAAACUCAGUGAUAGCUGUUUGCAAGUUGUCAAAGGAUUUGUUCCCAGAGAGGGAAUUUUCUGCCACUUCACUUUCAGUGAGUGUAGGGUUGAUGAAUUUGGUUGGUAGUUGGUUUGGUGCAAUGCCAUGUUGCCAUGGUGCUGGUGGACUUGCAGGACAAUACAAAUUUGGUGGAAGGAGUGGUGGGUGUGUGGCACUUCUUGGUGUUGCCAAAUUGGUGUUGGGUUUGGUGUUGGGAACUUCUUUGGCACACAUUUUAAGGCAGUUUCCAGUGGGGAUCUUGGGGGUGUUGCUACUGUCUGCUGGAAUUGAAUUGGCCACUUGCUGUAGGGACAUUAGAACCAAAGAAGAUUCCUUUGUGAUGCUUGUUUGCACCGCUUUUUCUCUUGUGGGAUCAAGUGCAGCUCUUGGCUUUUCGUGUGGAAUGGCUGUUUAUGUGCUUAUUAAGCUUAGGAGUUGGACAAUUAAUGAUAAACCAUUUUCUACCAUAUGGGUGCAUAAAAGCUCCGAGCAACUCUGAAGAAAUUAAAAAUUAAAGGAGCAUAUAUAGUGUAGGUAUUUUAUAGGAAAAGUAUUUAUGGACACCCAUUUGCUAUUGUAGACCUUGCGAGAGAGAGAUAAAAGAGAGAAAGACAUUGAUAUUAUUAUGUGACAUGAUGAGAGACAUGAAGACAAAUUAUGUGUGUUGGUUAGGGGUUUAAAAAUGUAAGUGUUUAUGUAUUAUUAUUCGCUUCUUGUUGCUUUUUAUUAUGUUGUUUUCCGGUGUAAUUGUAACGACUAAAUAAAUAAAUCAGCAUGGAUGAGUUUCAAGAA